ACCCACACUAUGACCUGAGCAGGAGGCAACUGAAGUGGCUGAGAACCGGUCAAAGUUUUGGGGCUAAGAGAGGGCCUGGACGACCCAGGAAGAAACCUCUAGCCUCCCCUUUGGUCUCCCCCUUCCUCUGUCCUACAAGCCAACCAAACCCUCCAACUGAGACAGACGUCCAGRACAGAGACAGAAACAGAGGGGGAGGAGAUUCAGUACAAGAGGUGAUUGAAGCUGUGAUUCAGAGCCAGAGGAGGAGAAGACGGAAGAGGAGGCGCAUUGAGAAAGAGGAGGUCGAGCAUCCAUCCUGUCUCCAAAGUUCUGGUGAAGGUGAGCCAGUCACCCACACCCCCUCCAUAUGCACAGGCCAAUCAGAGCUAACCCAAACUCCAUCCCUAACCCCGGCCAGCCAAUCAGAUAAGGGAGCUGACCAGUUGCCUAGGAAGAGGUUUCAGAGGGCGGGACUCUACUCAGAUGACUACAAAACUACAGAUCCCUCCUCUCAGAACCAGCUGAACAGAGAGAGACUGGAAUAUAYACCAGGAGAACAAGACUACAGCCUCCUGCCUGCUCCCAUACAUGUUGGGAAGUACCUAAGAAUGAGACGUAUUGACUUUCAGUUGCCCUUUGACGUCAUGUGGCUCUUCAGGCACAACCAGCUCCACAAAGAGCCAGAUGUUCCUCUGACCAGAGAGAUCUCAUCCUACCAACCAAAAGAGAAGAGCCUGUCCAGUCACCAGACAGGGGUGUCCCUCCCUCCCUCUCCCCAAGAGGAGUGUUCCAGUCACCAGACAGGGGUGUCCCUCCCUCCCUCUUCCCAGGAGGAGGGUUCCAGUCACCAGACAGGGGUGUCCCUCCCUCCCUCUCCCCAGGAGGAGGGUUCCAGUCACCAGACAGGGGUGUCCCUCCCUCCCUCUCCCCAGGAGGAGGGUUCCAGUCCCAGUAGGAAGCUGUUUCCCUACCUGGACAUGGAGCCUAUGACCACCAGUGACGGGGUGUUCGUCCUGAAGCACCACGUGUUCCUUUUGAGGAACUGGGAGAGGGUCAGAGACAGACAGAUACGCCUGAGGAGGGGGAGAGAGGAGGAACGAGAGAAAGAUGGAGGAGGAGUUUCCAGCUAUGUAGCUACUGGGGACAACAACAGCCACAUCAUGUCAGGUCGACAAAUGGCGGGGAAGAAGAAGGUUGUGUGGACUAGUGAGCCCCUUCGUGAUCCCCAGUGCCCCCAUAACCCCCUCAGCACCACGCCCCAUCUCACUGAGAACAGACAAGAGGAGAAGAAACAGGUGGAGGAGGAGGGCUGGAGGGAGGUCCGGAAGGAGCGACUGAACAACAUACUCUUGAAGCUGCGGCAGACAUGAUUGGUGAGAGAGGACAAGGAAGGAAGGAGGGGGGAAAUCUCAGCUCAGUCUCUCUUCUUCUUCCAAGUAGCUCAGUUCAGCUAACUUUGCACUAGUGUUGGGGGGAAAAGCUUCCCUGAAAUGAUUUGUUAUAAAGAUGAUUUUGGGCUUUGUUUCUGAGAGGAAUGAGGGUGUUGUUGUUUACUGUACCAUUGAGAAUGAUUGAGAAUGAUUGACAGACGGUCAGCAGACCAGUGACAGUCUGAUUUAAUAGUCAGAGAGGGCGGAAGGGAUGGAUGGAGACCAUAGAGUCUUAAGGCUGGAUUAAAUUCGUAUUGUGGAAGAUCCGCGUUAUAGCUCGAUUUAAAUGUAAAGGAAAUGUUCCCGUGUUCUCGCUGACUACAUUCACGGUAAACGCUGCAUGUCGACUCAAACUGAAAUUACCAUGACAAUAUCAUUUUUUAAAAUUUUACCCCUUUUUUGUGAUAUCCAAUUGCGAUCCAAUUACGAUCUUGUCUCAUCGCUGUAACUACCCAAUGGGCUCGGACAGAUGAAGGUCGAGUCACGCGUCCUCCAAAGCGUGACCCAAGCCGCACUUCUUAACACCUGCUUGCUUAACCCGGAAUGUGUCGGAGGAAACACCGGCCAACUGACGACUGUCAGCUUGCAGGUGCCUGGCCUGCCACAAGGAGUCGCUAGAG